UCUUUGUGACGGGCAAGGCGGUUUGCCAUUUCCGACGGGAGACGCAGCGCCUUCCUUCUGCCCUUCUUCGCGCGAUUCGGAAUGGCGUCGAGCGUUCCGCGAAAGGACUGCUACGGCGACGUCUGAAGAGGAGGUUUCUUUUUCAACAGGGCCGGCCUGGCAGGGAGAAGCCGCUGUCAAGCAAAGAUAGGCGGCAUGGUACCUCUCUGGCCGUUGGGGACUUUGUGGCUGGCUUAUUUCGCGGCUCGGGGUAUAGCGAGUGACGAUGCUCCAUUGAAGUGCGAAGAUCUGCGACUUGGCCAAUAUAUAUGCAGAGAUCCUAAAAUAGACAAUGCAACCCAAGAACCCAUGAACUGUACGAACCACACUGCAUAUGUUGCUUGUCUUCCAGCCCCAAAUAUUACUUGUAAAGAUUUCAAUGGAAGUGAAACUCAGUUUACUGGAAAAGAAAUUGGAUUUUACCAACCCGUUGAGUGUCGAAGUGUAAAUGGUUACUCCUAUAAAGUAGCAGUUGCUCUGUCUUUGUUUCUUGGCUGGUUGGGAGCAGAUCGGUUUUAUCUAGGAUAUCCUGCAUUAGGUUUAUUAAAGUUCUGCACAGUGGGAUUUUGUGGAAUUGGUAGUUUGAUUGACUUCAUUUUGAUUUCAAUGCAGAUUGUGGGUCCUUCUGAUGGUUCUAACUACAUAAUAGAUUACUAUGGUGCAAGGCUUAUCAGGCUGAGUAUUACGAAUGAUACAUAUAGAAAACCUCAAAUGUACCCUUAAUCUUGCCGGAGUUCACUUACUUUAUUUGAGUGUGAGAAGAUGCCUGUGUAUGAAAUGAUGGAAGAGCGCCGUCUUCAGAGGACUAAGAAGUUUCAUCAACUCUUUUGUCAUCAGCUCUUUGUACACAAAGGAAAACUAGUAGGCUGUAUAAUUAUACACUCUGCUGAUCACACAAAAGGAGUUAGAGCCUUUGCGCCAACUGCAACCUUAUUGAAAAGGAGACAAUGACUUAUCUUUUAAAUUGUUUGGUAAAUAAACGCAACCGAUGGACUUCUAAUGAUGAAUGCAUCAUGAAGCACAAAGGACUUUAUGCAAGUUGUACAAAAACUGAAUAGUGUGUAAAGGGAGAAAACAGGAAGAAAUUACCUCAACACUCAACAUCCCUUUUCUGACUGCUAUUUAAAAAUAAGCAAAGUAGAAGUCGCACUCAAAAAUGUGUUGUUAUGCAGAUGUACCAGGUUCCAGCUCAUUCACUCCCUUCGUCCCUCACAUCAAGUACAUUCUGUCCUUUUGGCAAUAAGUGGAUGGGAUAUUUAGAAGCUGCGAACUGUUCUGAAAGUUUCACAUAGUGGGUUAUGGGCCAUGUGUGUUUGAUCAAAAUUCAAUUACUGCACUGCACCAGGCUUGGAAACCUAUCAUUGCGAGUUAUGAAGUAUGACGAAAUAAGCUUCUCUAAUUGGUUCAGUAUGGGGAGCAGUCUCAACCAAGCUUGUUAUGAUAAAUAGCUUCCUAUGUUAAAGGUUCUCCAGAGCUUAAGUGUCUUGGCUCACCUCCUUCAACAGAAUAAGAAUAUUGUUCCCUAGGAACAUUUACAUCAUUGUCUCUUUUCCCAGGUUGGAGUUAAAUAUUUGUAGCAUUUUUAUCUUGAGGAAUAAAAACAUAGAUUCUUGAGGAAUCUAAACAUAAAUAUACGUCACUUCUCCAAUCAUAAAAUAUCUUGUGUCCCUGUGCACAACUGGUUAUUGGCAAUGUCACUUUUGUCAGCUUGGAAAAUCUUAGCUGUUGUUUAAAGUCAAAUCCACUUUACAAGCCCUUUUAAAAAAAUGAUUGAAUGCUCUGCAACUCCUAGCUUAGAUUUGCCGCUACUAAAACUGUUCCACACAUGGAUUUUUUUUUUUUUUUGUAGAUUUCUGUUAUGGAAAUAAUCUCUGAUUAUCCUCUUGUAAGCAAACAAAGGUAGAACUAGAAAACUCAAGUUAGUAUACGCGUCUACAUUGUGGUGUUUCAGAUGCAUUUCACUUUGAGAAAGUGCCAUUUCACUUUGAGAAAAAGGUAUAAAGUGUAUUGUUUUUCUGUUUCUUUGGUUAAGAAAUUAGAGAAAUUUAGUAACUUGUCUUGUGGAGCUCAAAUUAGUUAUCUGAAUAGGUCAUUUCUUUUUUCCUAUAGUAAUUUAAUAACAUUGUUAUCCAGGUUUCAUUUGUUUUAUGAGCUUUGAUCUCAUCAUAGUUUGCCUUUAUAUUUAAAUGUCCUUUUUAACCUUCUGCCAAAAGAUGUGCGUAACGCUGAAGUCGGCAUUUUCAGCAUGUACUACAUUUGCUGCAAAAUUUCAAUUUUAUAAACCAUUCCCCUUAGUCAUCACUUAAUCAAGUGAUGACUAAGUGCAGCAAUACAAAAUUAAAGGAAGGGAGGAAAACUUGACACAAUAAAUGUAAAAUCUACUUCUGGGUAAGAUAAGAAACACACACUCCCGUUAUUUUUCAAAGUAGAAUGGGAUCAAAUAUUUUAGAAUGGGUGAUAAGGAAAGAUACAUAAUGGACAAUAUCAUUAGCUUGGGCAGAUGAUGCUUUUUUUAAGAACAAAACUCAGAAGAAUAUUGUAUUACAUUUUUAAACAAUUCUGCAAGAAGUAACUUUACCUUUAAAAAUAGAAUAUGAUAGCAGACAUUUAUGCUAAACCUCCUUCUGGCAAAUCAGCUUUUUUUUUAUUGAAUCUCAGUUGAUUGAAUAGCAUAGGGGUUGCCAGAGUAAAUGCUAUUAUCAAUGUACAGUAAUUAAGGAAAUAGUCCUUAUCACUCGAACAGCACCCAGGCUAUGCCUGCUGUAAUAAAGUUAAAUGAUAAAGAAAUAUCUUUAAAUAAAGUGCAACUACUAGAGUGUGGUUACUCUUGAAAUGCAGUGGAACAAUGCAGUGGAAAAUUACUGGUGAUAGGAAAAUAUGCCCACUGAAUGCAAUGUAAGGGCUUCUUAAAUAUCGAAGUAAAUAAUACACAUAAUCUUCCAAUGUAAAGAUAAAGAUGUUAAUCCCUCAUGUUCAAAGAGUGACAAGCUUGGCACAUGUUAAUCUUGUAUUUGAUCUUCAAAUUAUUAAUUAAUUGAAUCAUUAGAACUUAGAAAUGUUUUGAAACCUAUGUAUAAGAUGUACAAAUUGAGUGUUGUCAUUUGCUUAUGGAUUAAGAUCCUAUACAUUUUAUUAUAAAGUAUCAAUACCUUCAAUCUUAAGGCCACCUGAACCUGAUAUGAAUUAUAAUACAAUGUUUCUUCCAAGGUUAGGCCUUCCACUUGAAAAAAAAAAUUCUUCCAUCAUUAUAACUAACCAUGUCUUAGUUGAAAAGAUAACUAACUGGACGUCACGUAACUAAUAGGACAUGAUCUUUGUACCAGUAAACAUAAGCUUACAGCUUUGCAAAUUUUUUGAGAUGAGGAUGGCAUUAAGACAUAUUCUGAGGGCUGUAUCUGGGAAAUGUAGAUGCCCAAGGAAUGAGUAAUUCAGGGUAAAAAGCAAGGGUGUGUUGUGCUAAUGCAGAGGUCUCAAAACGUGGCAACUUUAGGACUUGUGGACUCUGGGAGUUGAAGUCCACAAGUCUUAAAGGUGCCAAGUUUGGGGACCCCUGUGCUAAUGGAAUACCACACGGCGAAACAUUUACAGUAGAUGUCAUAGAAGUGAUUCCAAGAUGUGUUUCUUAAAAUAUCUAUGACUCUUCUGAAAUUGUUUAGCUUCUGCAAAAAGAAGAGAGGAGUCUAGGUUUCUGAGAAUGGUGCUUGGGCCGCAGCUUCCACCUGAGAGACUAUGGAAGAAAGUAACCUGAAUCUCAUCUGGCAUUAGCUAGAUUUUCUACAGACUCUGUUCUUGAAGAUACAUCUGCAUGCAGGAUUUUUAUUUUCUUUUUGUGGGAUUCUUCAUGCUGUGUUUGCAUGAAAGCAAAGGCUUUGGUAUAGCAGGUUGCAUUGAGAUUUGCUAAAGGUCAGCUGCCUAACCUUCCAGCUGAAAUUUGAUACUCUGCCUAAUGGAAUGAAUAAUCGUAAUGCCAUUUCCCCUUCUUUGUAGAAAAAAAUUGCCAAGGACCUGGUUCAAUUCCCUAAACUAAGUUUCAUAAAUAUUUAUUUUAUUCUUUAUUCUGUUUAUUAAUGUUACCUGUUUUUUUAUGAAGCCAGAAAUGGAUCUUUUCUCUACUGAAUUACUCCUAAGAUUUGAUCUUUUUUGGGGUGUAUGCUCCUUGGGGCAAUCUAUAUGAGAGCAUUAUGCUCUUGGAAAUAUGUAUUCCUUAAUAAAUCAAAUUACGUGUUUUAAAA